AUGGUAGGUCACCUACAGCUGCAAGGGAUGGACGAGAGCCUGAAGGAGAAGAGCCGGGAAGGCUUGCUGGACAGCCCGGACUCGGGGCUGCCCCCCAGCCCCAGCCCCCCUUUCUACUCCCUCUCGCCCGGUGAGGGCCGAGCUGGGGGCAGCGGCGGUGCGGACCCCCCGGCCCCGGGGCACCGGCGAGAGGCCAAGGACGGCAAAGUGAUGCCUUACCUGCUUCUGAACCCAUCCAUGCCGGAGAUGAGGCCUCGAAUGUACCCUGUGUUUUUUGGAGAAAGCAUUGAGGUCAGCCCUGAGCCCGUGCAGGAAAUCAGGUGCAAUUCUGAGGUGAAGUACGACUCCGAGAAGCAUUAUCGGGAUGACAUCUUCUAUGGCCCUAUCCCUACCGUCACCACCUACAGCGAGACAGUCAUUGCUGCUCCCAAUUGCACCUGGCGGAACUACAAGUCCCAGUUGAUCUUUGAGCCUCGCCAGAAGCCACUGAGGUUUCAGAGCACGACCAUCAUUUUUCCUAAGCGUGCCAAGAACAUUUACCGGACCACCCUCAACUACAGCUUGGGUUGUGCCAAGCGUUGGUUUGCUUCCAGUGUGCAGCUGGAACUCUGCGAGGAAACCAGCCCGUGCAUCAUCUACAGCGAGACCCUCUGA